AUGCACAAGGAACCCACAUUCGUAAAGCAACAAAAAAGGAUGUCCAUGGAGCACAGGGAUACCAAAGGCCAAGAGGCGGGGACAGCAACCGUUGAGCAUCUGACGCACAGUGAUGCUGUGGACUGUGACGAUGUUAUUUUGGAAAUGGGCCUGGCAUCUCCUUAUCAGGAUGCCAGCAGUAGCGCAAGCAUCAUGAUCUCUUCACCUGAUGCUUCGGCUGCAUCCAAUCAAGAUGAUCUUGUACAGAGCAUUUUCACAAGGACCACCACCAAAAGACAUCAGCUGCUCUGCCCAUUGACCAAACAGCCUCUUCAGGAUCCAGUGGUGAAUCCCGCCAAUGGGGUAUCGUACGAAAGAAGUGCCAUUAUCUGUGUUGAACACACUGGCCUCUACCCUCGCAAUCGAGCACUCAAGGACUACUUACAGGCAAUACAGGGGCUACAGGCUAUGGAUUCUCCGAGCACAAAUGCUUCCAAGAAGGCGCGGACAACCAAAGAUCUUUUUGCUCACUUUAUCUGCCCCAUCACCCAUGUGCUCCUGCAGGAUCCUGUCAUUGAUCAUGAAGGCAACACAUAUGAGCGUGGCGCCAUUAUGGAUUGGAUACAGCAGCACGGGGAUUCUCCCAUCACCCGGAAUCCAUUAUGCAUUGAGCAGCUCUGUGACAACACCAGCCUCUUUGAGGUAAUCAUUCAAGAAACUCUACUACUCCAACAGCAAGGAAUCGGAAAUGAUGAACUCCAAGAUUUCAAAAUGGCAGUGUCCAUGUACACACCUGGUGACACUGGAUUCACUGCUGCGCCCUACUACACCUCUCAAGUUUUGGAGGACCUACCAGUACAUCCAAAUAGGCAGCAACCACAGGAAUUGGAAAGGACAAGAACGCCACCCAAUAAUGCCAACAACCAUGCACGUUUGGUUCAACCUUGCUGCAGUACAUGGGUCUAUGUCCUUGCUUUCUUUACUGGAGCCUGGUUGGGGUUGUAUCUUGUUGCAAAGUUACUUUUACGCGACUUUUGACCUCGACUGGAGGGAAAGGGCGUGAGGCUCCUGGGGGACUGGUCCAGUCACUGGUCGCCUCAGAAAAGGCUGCACAGCUAGAUACAUGUAGCUGGCUCGAGCCCGAUUAUCGUCGUACAUGUUUGAUUUUCCCGCCAGAAGAUGGGAAAGUCUUGUCAAAGUCUGGUCUAACUACAAAGGAUUAAAUAGCCAAAAUUCUAGGUAGCUCGU